AUGCUGAUUGCGCUGAAUCGUGCGAGUGCCGCCAUUUCACCGAGUGGCUUUGAGAAGAUCUGGUCCGGUACCUAUACUCCCUUCGUGCUCACUCUCACUUUCCUCCUCAUCCCCCAAAUCUAUAUCUCUUUCAAAUUGGUCUUUAAUGGGGCUCAAUUCAUCAAUGUUGGCUCAUUUUUCUUCAUUGCCACCGAUUUCUCGGAUUGCGAUAAAAUGCUGAUGUUAUUUUACAUGUCAUUCUGUGCACUUAUUGCUUUCAUUGCAAAUGUUUAUACAUCGUGGCGUCUUUUUCUUCAUUAUCAACAAGAAACGAAAACGAAUCGACUCGAUCUUCACUUUCAAUUGUUUUCUGUGAUGGCUUUUUGCUUUGAAAUUGCUCAAGUUGUUGCUCAGUUAUUUGUUCAAAAGAUUAUCGUGAUUCCUUUCGAAAUCGUCUUUUACAUUCUGGAGGCGAUGCCGAUUCUCUCCGAUUUUUCAUUGUUAGCGCCAAUCUGGUUCAUGUUAUUGGUGUCAAGCGAGGCAAGGAAAGCACUCACUUGGCGACGCGUCAAACCCCAAAUCCCAGAAUGGCCUCAUCGAAGGGAUUCCAUCAUUGAGAGU